AUGGGUUUCGCCAAGGCCGUUCCUCUUCUGCUGCUCGCCGCCAAAACUGCUCUGGCAAACACCCCCAUUGCUGUCAGCGACUUUACCAAUAAUGGAGGCCUAGCUGCUGCCAUGGCCGCCGCGCCCAUGUGGUACAUGGCUUCAGGUACUUGCAUGCCCUCGGCUGCUGAAGAUGGCCAAGGCAACCAGACCAACGGCGUGGAUUCGGACAACUGCAACAUCAACGCGCUGGCAAACGGAUGCCCUCAACAGCCUCCCUGGCAAGGGGCGAACACGUUUUAUGGUAAUGUGGCCGGAGAACCAUUCGCCACAAUCCCUACGUAUUGGGCAUCGACUUUCUGUAAUGGAGACUCCUCUGGCUCUGAUCCCUCAUACCGCAUCAUUUACUAUGUGUACUUCAAGAAGGACACCGGCCACAAGAGCGACUGGGAGGGCAUCGUCGUGAGAUUCACCAGCCCGGAUGGAGGCAGCACCUAUGUUCGCGAAUCAGUCAUCAUGGAGCAAGAUGGUAACCACGUCCACAUCAGCUGGUCUGAUGUCAACGAUACCUUCCAGGGCUUAGACGACUGGCAGGCGUUUUCUCAGAAGAACCUCGACCACGGCAAGUUCUACUUUGGCAAAUUCCACCACUCAGUUCACCAAGACUGGUACACCGCAGCCUUCAAGAACACUUGCCCUCCUCUCUCAGCUGACGACUACCGCAACUCGGACUACCAAUUCUGGGCGGCGAACAACCUGCGUCCUGUGUCGGUCCUGAACCCCAACUGGGUCUGGGGCAAGGCCGAUUCACCCGCCAACCAAAACAUCUGCUCUUACUAA